AUGGCUUCCUCAAUAUCCCCGGGACUUGGUGAAAGGGAACUUAAGGCUGGCCUACGGUAUAUCCUGUCCACGGGAAAGGGGCCUGCUGGACAGGGACAGGAAGCGGCGUGUCUGCAGGGGUAUGGACACCCCACCGGAAACACCAGGGUAUUCUGUGUGAGCGUGACAGGCGAGGCGGGAGACAAAGACUCAGUUCUCUCCUGGGGAGGCCCUUCUGCGCCUCCGUGGCAGCCACUCCCAGAGGGGCCACGGCCAACCAGGGCCCUCUCCGCCCACGCGAGCCCAAGUCCGCGCCCCGGCGUGGGGGAGCGCAUUCCUCAGCGCCCCCGGGGCGCCGGACCCCGCGGGAGGGGCAGCCCGGGGCGCGGAGGAGGCGGGGGUCAGCCCCGCGCCCGCAGUCCUACACCCGCCCCGCCCUGGCCCGGCCACUCGCCGCCCGGUCCACGCCGCCCCCGCCUUACCAGGGUUUUGGCUACGUUCCCCCUCUGGGUGAUGUUUUUGCUGUGCUUCUCGUUGGCCAUCCGGAUCCGCUGUUUGGCCACCAUGGCUCGGGCGCCAGGAAACGCUCUCGAUUCCCACCUGCAAGGAUGCCCCCCGCGUGAGCCCCCCGACAGGGCCGAGCUCGUCCCGCCCGCCCCGGGCGCUGCAGGUGGCAAGGCGCGGCCCCCAAGCCCCGGGUACCCCUCUCCCCAACCCCCAACGAGCUGGCUCCAGAGAGAGGCCAGAGCCCGGACGGAAGUAAUCUUUCAUCUCAGGAAACCCUCUCCUACUUCCUCGCCAUCCUUCCGGUCCCCCCAGCUACCUAACCAGCGCAGCCCCGAGGCUGGCGCUGCGGCGCGUCCUCUGCGCACCCGGCGGCCGGAGCGCAGCGCGCGGAGCGGCUCCGGUCGGGGGACCCCGGGGGAAUCGGAUCCAGCGGCCGAACGCGGCGAGGCCCAGGGUUCCGGCGGCCGCGGGCUUUGUGCGCUCACAGCGGGCGGGGGCUCCCCGGCCCGGGACCCACCGAGGCCCCGGGGAAAGGGUUGGGACGGCUGCGCUUCGAGCUGGGGUGGAGGCGGCGGCCCGUGGUCCUCAAAACACAAGUUGAACGAGGGAAGACGGGGCUGGGCCCGCGCUUUUGCGGGACCGUGGGAAGGAGCCUCCCCUUCGAGGGUCUGGGGACAGACUUGCGCACGGAAGGGCGCCGCAGGAGCUUUCUGUAGUGCUGCAGGAAGGACCGGAUCUUCCCAGGGAUGGGAAGCGGGUGUGAGGAUGGAGCGGAGAGAGGCCUUCCUGCCUGGGCGGUUACCGGGUUACUCGGAAGACGGACAGCGCCGCAUCUGAGUGAAACGUGGAGGAAAGACUUAGGCUUGCUGCCCAGGCAGAGUUUGGUGGUCACCGCCCGGACGUGGGUAACUUGGGCCACCCGGGGCAACUUGCAUCUCCUCUAGAGAAUUCCAUCCGCCCCCACCCCCUGCCUCAGCCCCCGACCCGAACCCUCCAGGAGCAUCUGGACUGGGGGCUUCCCUGCAGUUCAAGGGUACAAAUGGAACGUUCCUGACUCACAACCGUCGAUACCAGGCCCUACAGAUUGUCUACUGUGGGGACAGGGCAGGGAGAGGGGUCCAGUCCUUCACUUUCCCACGUGCUGGAUGGAUUGGAGGUAGCCCCUAGAAGACCAGAAGAGGGGGAACCUCAGCCCAGAAGUUCUGGGGCUGGGGGGAGUGGUGGGAAGACGAGUUAGACCAGCUUUGGCUCACGCACCCCAGUCCUUCCCUUUGGGGCAUCUGUGACUGGGUUUCCACCGGGUUCUAUGGAGUGAGGUUCCCCUGUGUCCAGGGGAGGUGAAGGAGGGCUCCUUCUCUCUUUGGGGGGCCCUUUGUGCCCUCAUAACUGGCAGGGGCUGCUGGGCUGAGCUCAGCCUCAUGUCCCUCCCCAUUUCUUGUCAAUCAAACGGUAAUAUGGACUGUUUAGGGGCAGCUUUGGGUAACCCAGAAGAAGCAAGAAGUUAUCUAGCACCAUUAGUAAAGUCUGGUCAUUCUUUUUCUACUCUGAAGAAGAGUUGAGUUUCCACACUAGUUUCCAUUGGCUUAACCAUUACCCACCACCACCAUUAUUACAGGACCACAAACCAAGUAGGCCCAACCCUAGUGCUGCACUUUUAAUAACAAUUGAGUUCUUUCUUUUUAAAAGAAUUAAUUUUUUUUGAGUAUAGUUGCCAGGUGAUGCAAAGAGCUGACUUCUCGGAAAAGACCCUGAUGCUGGGAAAGAUUGAAGGCAGG